GGAGGAGGAGGAGGAGGAAAGAAAGAAGAACUGCGCGUGCCUCAGAAAUCCCACACGUCCUUCGGAGGUGCAGGGAUAGCUGGAGGUUAUGGCAAGAACCAGCAACUCCCUGCAUUCUACAAAAUAGGAACAAAAAGAGCAAAUUUUGAUGAAGAGAAUGCGUGAGUAUAGACGUAUCAUUCCUUUAGUGUUCGAUUGGGUUUGGUGUGCUUCAUAUGCAGUAUGAUCAUGACAUUGUUUUCAAUGACAUUUGACUGGUGAUACCUUUCCUAACCCAUUUCCAGGUAUUUUGAAGAUGAUGAAGAGGAGUCAAGCAGCACAGAUUUACCCUAUAUCCCAGCUGAGAACUCCCCCACACGGCAACAGUUUCCAGUCUGGAGGGGGUUCAGACAGUGAGGAUGAUCCUCUGGAUGCCUUCAUGGCCCAAGUGGAGGUGAGUCAAGGAUUCCCCUCUUAGACCUGGAUCAUGUAGAAAUAUACACAUUUUCUCUGUAGUUCCUUUGUUUAAGAUCUGGGGUUAUUGUCACAGAGCUGUUGGGAAGUAUUGCAUGGGGGUAUAUUGUUCACCCUCUUGUCUGCUGUAGGACCAAGCAGCUAAAGACAUGAAGAAACUGGAGGAAAAAGAGAAGGAGAAGAAGUGUGAAAAGUAAGAUCCCUUCAAUUUCUACCUUUUAAGCUCAGUGCCUUUCGAAAUUACCUUGUCAAUAAUAUAAAUGAGCAAAAGCCCUAUUCAAGGCCACCAGGUAGGCAGGUGUAGUACAUUCUUCCCAUGCACCUGUGUAUUGAUUUGCACAUAUUUCAAUGGUAAUUGGUCAAGUGUCAAAAUUGUCAAUCUCUUCUCAUCCCGAAACUCUAGCAUGUUAUUAAGAUACUGUAGAUGGAAUGUUCCCACUUCAACUGCAAUUCACCACUGAGGAGCAAAGGCUUGUCUCAUUUGAAAUAAUCUGUUUUGCCAUUCAAUUACCUUAAAUUUCCCCAGUUGGUCCAUACUGUAGGUAACUAAUCAACCCUGCCUUGCAUAGCGACUUUGUAGGGAGGGGAUAAGCGUGACGUUAGACAGGUUGUGGGGAAUCAUGGGUGAACAAACGAGUCGCAGGGAAGUUUUUUUUCUCCGCUUGUUUUUACAGGGGUAUACGUGAUGACAUUGAAGAGGAAGAUGAACAAGUAAGUGAUCCAUCCAACAUUCCUAAUUUACUACUGAUCAGAGAGCCUCCAGACCCCAACCUCCCCUCCCGACCCAUCUAUGGCCAAGUCUCACCACCUACCACAUCUCUCCCUCUCUUUUUAAAAAUCUUUUUCUCUCUCUCUUACUCUCUCUCACACUAUGCUAACAAACCUAAUUGCAGGUUGAAUCCUUCACCCUAUCCUUCUGGGAUAUCUACAUGCAUACUUCUGGUGUUUCAAAAAAUUAGAAAAUGUACCCAUGCCUAUUCUAAGCAUGUUGAUUAAUAGUUUAUAAUCUAUUUUCAAAUAUGCCAUACUGUAAUGAACGUUUCCUAUUAACUGUUGCUGUUCUUACUGCUUUGUGAAGGGGGAGGGGUUAUAAAAUCUGACACUGAUCAAUUUCAGCCCGAAUAACGCAAAGAUGGGUUUAAAUCAAGUGUUAAAACAUAAAAUGGCAUAGACUCCGACAUUGAUCUGGGCGAUCAUCAGAGCAUUUAGCCAUUGACUGUAUUUUAAUGUAUAUCCCCAGGUUAUGAGAGUGGUAAGAGUGCCUGCAUGAAUGUGUGCUACAUUAGGCGUUUAAGCUGCACUCUGGUUGACUCAUGUGGCUGUGCUCUGUGCAGGAAGCCUACUUCCGCUACAUGGCAGAGAAUCCCACGGCUGGGCUGACCGCAGAGGACGAGGAUGAGAACAUAGACUAUGACAGUGAUGGGAAUCCCAUUGCCCCCACCACUAAGAAGAUCAUCAUGCCCCUGCCCCCCAUGGACCACUCUGAGGUAACAACUGCAUACUGCACCUAUCUGACCCAAGAGUCAGUAAGUCAUAUGUUAUCUUGUCAAUUAGAGUUUUUAUUUUAGUGUCUGAGGUCCUACAUUUAUGUCAUUCCCUAUCAGAUUGACUACCCACCCUUUGAGAGGAACUUCUACAACGAGCAUGAGGAGCUUCUCAGCCUGACAGACACAGAGGUGUUUGAGCUGAGACACAAACUCAACCUGCGGGUAAGUGUCAGGAAGAGGACACACACACAUACAACCACAUCUAAACCCAAACCACACAAAAUCCUAGCCAACAUACCAUUUACAGACACUGUGUUGUAUGAUCCCAUUGUCUCUUUAACUGAAAGCCUCUUGUCUCUUUCUCUUUAUUUUGCUUCAUUGACGUUGGCAGGUAUCUGGUGCCGCCCCUCCUAAACUCUCCACCAGCUUCGCCCACUUUGGGUUUGAUGAGCAGCUGAUGCACAUAAUCCGCAAGUCGGAGUACACCCAGCCCACUCCUAUUCAGUGCCAGGUACCUAAGCAGCUUGUUUCCUAGGUCAUUUUUUUUUGGUACUUUCAUAUUGCUUUAGUAGCAUAUAGGCCUCACCUGUAUUUUCUUCCCCGUCUGUCCUGUAGGGAGUGCCCGUUGCCCUGAGUGGAAGGGACAUGAUUGGCAUUGCAAAAACCGGUAGUGGCAAGACUGCAGCCUUCAUCUGGCCCAUGCUAGUUCACAUCAUGGACCAGAAGGAACUGGAGACUGGAGAGGGGCCCAUUGCAGUCAUCGUGUGCCCCACCAGGGAGCUCUGUCAGCAGGUAAGACAGCCAGGGAGAGAUGGGCCAGGAUUUUAUUUUUUCAAGACAAAAAGUUGACUUAGCCCCUGGAAAUGAUUGUUGUGCUCCCCAGAUCCAUGCGGAGUGUAAGCGUUUUGGGAAAGCCUACUCUCUGCGCUCGGUGGCGGUGUAUGGAGGAGGCAGCAUGUGGGAGCAGGCCAAGGCUCUUCAGGAGGGGGCAGAGAUAGUUGUGUGCACCCCGGUAAGAGCUCUAGUUGACAAUCGCUGUGGUAGACUGAGUUUAGUCUUUAUGUAUUGGAGGAAAAGAAUCCCCUGAGGUUAUUUCACUUAUUGGGUUGUGUAUGUUGUUCCUCACACAGGGGCGUCUGAUUGACCAUGUGAAAAAGAAGGCCACCUCUCUGCAGAGAGUGACAUACCUGGUGUUUGAUGAAGCAGAUCGUAUGUUUGAUAUGGGCUUUGGUAAGUUGGCUUUCCGUUCUUUCUUUUUUUUUUUUUACCAAUGACCACUAUGCCAGAAGAUUGUUUACUGAAGUUGGUUUGACAACUAUUUAUAUCAUAUUCUUUUGGUAAAAUUUUUCAGAGUAUCAAGUGAGAUCCCUUGCCAGCCAUGUCCGACCUGAUCGACAGAGUAAGUGUGUGUGUGUGUGUGUGUGCGCGCGCAUGUACACUUGUUAGCGGUUUAGAUAAGACAACACCAUCCUAUGAACCUUAACUCCACUCCUGUCCUCACAGCUCUUCUGUUCAGCGCCACCUUCCGUAAGAAGAUUGAGAGGCUGGCCAGAGAUAUCCUGGUGGACCCCAUCCGUGUGGUGCAGGGAGACAUCGGAGAGGUAAGACCUGAGGCUCUUCUAACACCAUCUGAUUGCAACUUCUACAAUUUAUUGAAAGUUCUACAUUGCCAGAACAGUCAACCAGCCUGUUAGACUUUUAUGUCAACCAGCUGGCGGCAGAACAUUUUCUGGAGUUUAGUCAUCUAAUGCUCUUCAAUCCUCCAUCCUUCCUCCCCAGGCCAAUGAGGAUGUGACCCAGGUAGUGGAGAUCAUGCCCAGCGGGGUGGAGAAGUGGGGCUGGCUGACCCGCCGCCUGGUGGAGUUCACCUCCUCUGGCUCUGUACUUAUCUUCGUCACCAAGAAGGCCAACUGUGAGGAACUGGCCACCAACCUGACCCAGGAGGGCCACAGCCUGGGCCUGCUGCACGGAGACAUGGACCAGAGCGAGAGGAACAAGGUCAUCGCUGACUUCAAGAAGAAGAGUCUGCCCGUGCUGGUGGCCACUGAUGUGGCAGGUGAGGUGGGGGUGGGCUGCAGACGAGGGGACGGGGACUGAAUGUGGCACAACAUUCCAAUCAUCAGAGAUCUGUGUAUGAUUACACAGACACUGACAAUGAUUUGAUUGUUUUUGCCUGAAUUCCAGUGCUCCUACAUACUUGUCAUUCUAUCAUUUUUCACUCCUUCUUUGUCAUUUCCUCCCUAGCCCGUGGUCUGGAUAUCCCUUCAAUACGCACAGUAGUGAACUAUGACGUGGCUCGGGACAUCGACACACACACACACCGAAUUGGCCGAACAGGUCGUGCUGGGGAAAAGGGCGUUGCCUACACCCUUCUCACCAGUAAAGACACAUCAUUUGCAGGAGACCUUGUGCGUAACCUGGAGGGAGCCAAUCAGAGCGUCUCUAAGGAACUGAUGGACUUGGCAAUGCAGGUAAGCCAUUCUACAUGUCUCCGACUGACCAUUGAGGACAGCUAUGGAAAGGUUAAUUUAAUAUGAUGUCUUUACUGACCUUCUUUGAUGUAUUCCUCUCAGAAUCCCUGGUUCAGGAAAUCACGCUUCAAGGGCGGCAAAGGAAAGAAGCUGAACAUUGGAGGAGGUGGUCUGGGCUACAGAGAGAGGCCAGGCUUGGGAGCUGAAAGUUCUGUGAGUUGGCCAUGUCUAUUUGUAACAGAAAUUGGUUGUGUUAUUGCGUUAGUUGUAGUGUUAUAUCUUGUUGGUAGAUCAGUGGCAUAAUAGUGUAACUCUUGGUGAUUGUUGACAUUUUGUUGUUUCUCCAGGAGCGUGGUGGUGGUGCUGCCAUGGGUAACUAUGAGGGCUACAGCAAGCCUUCUACCGGAGCCAUGGGAGACCGCAUGUCAGCAAUGAAGUCAGCCUUCCAGGUAGCUAAACUGUCACUCACUAUCUAUUCCGUCUUAUUUUAAUUUAUACACAUUCGACCUAUCUGUUAGCUCUAAAUGAUCCCUUUUUCUCAUGAAUUCUUUCUGUACGUCUUGAAGUCCCUCUUUAAUUGUUGUAUGUGUCUAUUUUUCCCCAGUCGCAGUAUAAGAACCACUUUGUGGCGGCAUCCGGCAUGGUUCCUAAACUCACCACUAAGUCCAGUAGCUCUUCAGGCUGGACCAGCGCUGGCAGUCUGAGCUCCAUCCCCACCGGGGCUCCUGAGGGCCCAGACAGGCCCCGUGGGCCCCCCUCUUUACCCAUGGCCCCUCCAGCAGCCCUCGGCAUGGGCACCAAGAUGGCAGGCUUCACCAGCGCUGGCUCCCUGAGCUCUGUGUCAGACAGCCAGGCCAGUGCUCCUCAGGGGUAUGCCGCCCCACCCUCACCCAGAGAAGGGCCCCAUGACAGACAUGGUGACGAUAGGGGUCGCCAUGGAGAUGGCCACUAUCGUGACAGGAGAGACAGGAGCGAGCGGCACAGUGGCGGGGGAGAGCGGGACCGCCACGCAGACCGCGACAGAUAUGGGGACAAGGAUCGCCAUGGCAGCAGCGGGCGCCAUGGCGAUAGUCGUAAUGGAGACGGAAGUAGAAGGGACAGAGAGCGAGAAGAUUGUAGAGGUGACAGGGAGAGUGGCGACAGGGCAGGGGGUGAAGGAAGGGGGGACAGGAGUGAGGGGAGAGGUGACCGAGAGGCAGACAGCUUUGCAGUCCCAGAUCCACCAAAACGCAAAAAGAGUAGGUGGGACAACUAA